CUUUCGAACAAUUGGGGUCACCAAACAUUGGCGCUUCUCCCUUUCGAUAAACUUAACCCAAUUACGCGCUAGAUACGAUCUCGUAGCACCUCCAUUUUGAUUAAUUAAACGAUAGUUAGCCAGGUGGAAAUGUGGAUCCCUCAGUUGGUAGCCCAAUGUCGCUGUGGCUGGAACACUUUCUAACUGGCUACUUUCAGCUAUGCGGGCUGGUUUGUGGCUGGAGUGGCAGUCGUUUGGGCCGCCUGUUGAGCAGUACCUUCCUGGUGCUAAUAUUGAUCGAACUGGUCGGUGAAAUGGAAAAAUACUUUACAGAAGAAACGCCAGAUAAUGAGUCCGUGCCCGCGUACUUUGCAAAGGUCAUCAUGGGCGUUAAUAUGGCCUACAAAAUGAUCCAUGCUUGGAUUGCCUUUUCGGCCCUUUUCGAAUGCCGGCGCUUCCGUUAUCUGCUGGAGGAACUGCCUCCGGUCAAGGCGACACCCUUUAUAUAUAGGCAUUUGAUCCUGGAAUUCAUACUAUUCGCGUGCAAUGCAUUCCUCGUCUUAUCCGAGUAUACGAUUCGUGGCAUUUAUUUGGAGAAUCUGCGGUAUGCCUAUAGCCUUCAGGCAGUUCGUGCACGCUAUCUGCAAAUGAUGGUGCUGGUGGAUCGUUUGGAUGGCCAGCUGGAACAGCUGCAUCAUAGGGUCAUAUCCGGGUCCUCGGAUUACAAAACUCUCAGACUGGACUAUGCCCAUCUGGCGAAAGUGACGCGUUCGUUGUCAAAUCUAUUCGGUCUCUCGUUGCUCCUGCUGAAUGUUCUUUGUCUGGGCGACUGGAUCAUCGUUUGCAAUGUGUACUUCAUGGUGGCAUAUCUGCAGGUAUUACCUGCCACCUUGUUCCUCUUUGGCCAGGUCAUGUUCGUCGUGUGCCCCACCCUCAUCAAGAUCUGGAGCAUCUGCGCCGCCUGUCAUCGGUGUGUGUCCAAGUCCAAACACCUGCAACAGCAACUGAAGGAUCUACCAGGACAAACGCCCUUGGAAAGAAGUCAAAUCGAGGGAUUUGCCCUGCAGAUCAUGCAGGAUCCUAUACAGAUCGAUGUCUGCGGCAUUUAUCACCUCAACCUGCAGACUCUAGCGGGGAUGUUCUUCUUCAUUCUGGAGGCCCUGGUUAUAUUCCUGCAGUUCGUGUCCCUCGUGCGGACGUAGGCCACGGACUAAUAAAUCAUGGGGACUGGGCGAUAUAUCGGGGUCAGAGGUCAGAGCGGUGGGAACAUGCAACAUGAUUUGCUUGCCAAAAGGAACAACAGCAACAA